AUGGGUCGUGGCUUUAGUUUUCGACUCUUGUAUCGAGUCGUUUUCUUUUCCUUCUGUCUGAUUUUCGCCUGUUUUUAUCACGGUGGUGGUUCAGAGUAUGACAGGCGAGAAGAUAAAACAGAAUCGAACAAAUUAAAAGAUGGACUCAAAGGUAAACCCUUGAAUGUUAACGUUUCUCUCGAACAAGACGAACGCGUCUCUAACUUGACAGAAAAUGAUAAACAAAUUGAUGGCCGCAAGGCGCGGAAGAAAACUUAUCUUUCAAAGAUGGCUAGAAAAGGUAAAUUUUGAAAAUGUGAGAAUGUUAGCACUUCACAAGGAGUAAUUGUCAACCAUAACUUAUUUUUAGGAACUGCGAUGAAAACACUCCAAAGUGAAAGAAUACAAAAGAGCCCAGUACUGCCUUUUUCAACUUCAUCGCCGUCUUCUGAAGUAAACGUUCCACGAAAAAAAUCGACAACCAUCUCGCACUCAAAUAAGACAAAAUGGCAAAACGAUAGCAUUAAAAAUAUAUCUUCAUUGGAAAAUCAAUUUUUUCACCAGAAUGACUCGAGCGAAACAGCGCAAAGAGAAACGUUCGCUUCACUCACAACUCAACAUCUCCGGAACAGACGUGAAAUUGAUACGAAAUCUGAGUAUACCCAGGAAGAUCUAUUAAUGUGCAAAGAUUCAAUCAUCAAUAUAAAAUACGAUGAUGAAUACAAAGUUCGGACUGACUUUUCAAUACUCUAUAAAAACAAGGUGUACGAUUAUACGGAGUAUCGAGUUCUGAAUGAAACCACAAAGAUUUGUAACUCCACUGAUAACUACGUAAGAAAUAUUUGGAAAGUACGCAAUAAAUGGGUAAAGGCGAAAAUGCAUGAAAAAAGUUGCAAUAAACCCAUUAGUACUGUUAGGUUGCCCCGAAAGUAUUACACUGUAAAUAAGCAGUUCACUAUCUAUUACGCAGCUAGGAGUCAAUAUUUCACAAGAGAUGACUAUGGGAUGAAAGACGGUCAACUUUCUAUAUGUGAAGAAAAGUUGAGACCAACAUCAACAGAGUAUAACGAGGAAGAUCUGUUAUUGUGCAACGAUUCAAUCAUCAAUAUAAAAUACGAUGAUGAAUACAAAGUUCGGACUGACUUUUCAAUACUCUAUAAGAACAAGGUGUACGAUUAUACUGAGUAG